AAGAGUUCUAAAUGUAUUAUUCGCUCUAGCUUUGCCAAAGCCACGAAUGUGCAUUACUAGAAAAUAUUGCUAGUAGUAUAUGUCAGAGAGUGAAAAUAAAUUAAAUUUUAACGCUUGUUCUGUCCGAUGCCGAAAUAUUAUCAUCUAAGUUCGGGAUACCAGUAGGAAAGCCGUGCCAUAGAUGUGGAUCUGACAAAUCAAAUUGGUACUCUUGGAUGAAUGUGGUCGUUUUUAUAUGAUUGGAUAAUUACAGGUUACUACGUCAUAGUCUCUACUUAAACAACAUGCGAAGUUUGGUUGUUGGUUGUAUUUGUGUGUUCACGUUUGUAGCUAUUUCACGAAGCGCAGGUUAUAGCAGGGCACAUCCAAAUGGAAUUCGACUAGUGGGUGGAAACGAUCAAUAUGAAGGACGAGUUGAGAUCUUCUACCUCGGUGUAUGGUCAACUGUGUGUGACGAUUACUUCUAUGCCGAGGCAGCUAACGUACUGUGUAGGAUGCUGGGUUUCACCUCGGCCACUAGUUCUUACUGCUGCUCUAAAUUCGGACAGGGAUCUGGGGAAACUAUAUUUAGUAAUGUCUACUGCGAAGGACACGAAACUAAUAUCUCGGAAUGCAGAUAUAGUUUUUAUUCUGCGGCGGUAGUUUCCUCUUCCGAUUCGAAGUACUCAUGUGAUCAUUCGGAAGAUGUUGCUUUAGUAUGCGAUCCCGGUAACGUUGAAAGCAACUCGUUUGACAUUCGACUCGUAGGUGGAGAAACUCCAUUUGAUGGCAGGGUGGAGAUUUACCACGAAGGCUCCUGGGCAACUGUCUGUGACGAACGUAUACGCACCCAAGAGGCAAACGUCCUGUGUAGGAUGCUCGGGCACAUCUCGGCCAGUAGCUAUCACUGCUGCGCGGAAUUCGGUAGAGGGGUUGGCGAUAACGUGAUGAGGGAUAUACAAUGUGAAGGGAGCGAGUUUAAUAUUACGGAGUGCGAGUUUAGUCAUCUUCCACACCAACCCGGCUACUCUUCAUCUGAUUUUACGGGCGAGUACUGCGACCAUUCGGAUGAUCUAGGACUAGUAUGCAUACCAGGUGAAGUACGAAUCCGGAACGGUUCAAAACGCCUCGGUCACCAGAAGGGCAGAGUAGAACUGUUGCAAGGACACAAAUGGAAAGCUUUCUGCACCGAAUCCAUGGACCUCAAUCUCGCCAUCGUCCUAUGCCGGAUGCUUGGAGAACAUACCGCUAAGUCCUACUAUGAUAUGGAGUUGUUGGACAAUGAAGAGGGCGCUGUUCUUAACGUCACCUACGUGUGUCAGGGCAACGAAGACAGUGUAGCCGAUUGUGAGGAGCAGAGUAGAGCGGCUGUCAAUUGCAGUAGGGACCAACGGAUAGCAGGGAUUACGUGCACCAGUCUCCCAGUCCGUCUUGUCUCUAAGAAGGACAACGAAGGAAGAGUCGAGGUCUACCAUGGGAGAUCAUGGUCAGCGAUCUGCUAUACCUCGUGGAACAUACAAGCCGCCGACGUUGUCUGCCGAAUGUUGGGCUACACUGGCGCCUCUGCGGCUUUCCGUGACGAGGAAUUACUUGAAGCGCCCUCUGCGAGCAUCCUGUAUGAGAGCAUCGAGUGUAACGGAACGGAAAGAAACGUUGCCCAUUGCAACAUGUCGGAGUCUCGGCGGGGAAGGUGUGACCUCGAUGGAUACGCAGCUGCUAGGUGUGCCGGAGAGGUUGAGGUACCCGUGCGACUGUUUGGAGGAGCUGACUUUCAUUCGGGAAGGGUCGAACUAUUCUACUACGGCUCCUGGGGCACUGUGUGUGCUGCAGACGACCUCAGCACGACCUCCACGCCGCACUACGCCAUGAACAUCGCAAACGUGAUAUGCCGGAUGCUCGGGUUCCCGAGGGCGCUGUCUUACGAGUGCUGCGGCCACUACGGACAAGGUCUCGGAGGCAUCUUUCUUGAUACUCUCAAAUGCACUGGCAAGGAAGCCAACAUCCUCGAAUGCCCGCGGAGCGAUCAAGGAUUGCACAGGCGAUGCCGUCAUUUAAUGGACCUUGGAGUAACUUGCCAGGAAAACGUUGAUUAUCAAAUCCGCCUGGUAGGGGGCGCAUCAAAACUGGAGGGGCGAGUCGAAGUGAAGUCGGACAGCUCCUGGGGUACAAUCUGCGAUGACAACUGGGACUUGACAGACUCCGACGUGGUCUGCAGGAUGCUCGGGUACGAGCGGGCAGAGAGCUACUUCUCCUGCGAGAAAUACGAGAAGGUGUCCAAGCGGAAGCAGAUCAUUCUGGACGAAGUUGAAUGCGAUGGAACCGAGGUGAACAUCGGGCAUUGUCGGGUCCAGCAUUACCACGACUGUACGCAUGAUGAGGAUGUCGGUGUAAAGUGUGUCGAUUGGACAACAGGCACCUCUUCAACACGGAGCUCUUCUACGAAAGCAGCUAACGUCACCGGAAAUUUGGCGAGCUACAACGAAGCAACCACCAAAAAUCCAUCGGGAUUGCCAGCUCGUAAAACAUUCGCCUUGGUUAUAUCUCAGGUGGUGUACAUUCUAGUGGCUCUUAUUGUUAUUGUCUUAUUGACAAUAAGGAUGCAGCUGUAUAGGCGAAGAGCAGUAGAAUCGAACGUCACGGAGAUUCCUUUAACAGGGACUGAAAAAUGAGCUUUGUUCUUAUGGGCCUAGCUAUUGCAGAAAAUGAGCUGCAGCCUUUUAGACCCCGCUCUCACUAGGGCGUUUUAGCAACGAGACGGAAGACAAAGACGACGGGAGAAAUCACUCAACCGAGAUCGUCCUGUUCUAUGCUCCCGUCUUCAUCUGUAACCUGUAUACUUAUUCUUAAAGACUCGAAGUCUUGCGUUCUAUCAGGGAAUUUUGACACCAUUCGGUUAUUUACUCGAUGUCAGGUGUAUGCCAGUAAAUGAGAGAGGUCAUCACAUAUUCAUGAG